UUCGUUUUCCGGUUUGUUUUCCGAAGGGCUGGGCUAUCAUGAAGACAAUCCCAGGCCACGUUGGCGUAUAUAAUAGAGAGACAGAGCACAGAACGAAGCGUGGUGGUUGCCUUCCUCCGCAUUGCCUGUUGUGGGAAUAUACUACAGUUUGAGAAAAGGACGCGUCGACCGAUACGAUAAUGUCAUGCUCUAUAAUAUAAGGCUGAGAGUGAGAAAUUCCGGAAAAUGAACACAAGGAAAUAUUGGACAGAAAUAAAUAGUAGCCGGUAAACCGAUGCUGUUUAGCGACUCGCAAUGUGAUAUAUGUCAUUCUAGACAUACCUCGCCGUUUCUGAUGUUAUGGUGAUUUCGAUGCGACCCCACUUCCUGCCUGCCCAAGCCCCACAAGUCACUGCGAGCCUGUCUUGAUUCGUCACAUCUGGCAGUAACAUAUGCUUUGUUGAAGGAAAUGGCCGUACCGACGAGUAGGCCUUACAUAACCUGGCAUCUGUUAUGUCCAGUCUAACUGCUAGAAUGUCGACCAGUUGGCGAUUUCCCCCGAUCGAACAGUACAUGAUUGUUUUAGUCAUGUCCACGUCCAUUUCUCUUUACGCAGACUCAACCGCAGUCUCAGACGAGAGCUGCCACGUAGCUCAACUUAACUGCCACGCGAGAAGCGGCUGCCAGAGGGCGCUCAACAACUUCUUCAUUCACUGCCGAUCUGUCAUCAAAGGUGACUUCCGGGACGUCUGCCCUACGGACUGCAAAAAUGCCCUUGUGUCUCUCCUGUCCACGGAGGAUGAAGCAGGACUGGCGUUCAUCAACUGCGACUGCCAUCAAGCAGGUCUUUGCUCAGAGCGGAAAGAGAGAGUUGAGGUCUGCAAGAGAGAAGUGUUGGCGUCCAUGCACGUGCUUGAAGACAACGCUCCCCCCGUGUCCUGCAAUCUGGCCAGAUGGAUCUGCGAAGCUGACACGUCGUGCCAAACGGCUCUGCGUUACUACUACGACUACUGCUCCAAACUUUUCAAAGGGGUCAAGUGUACGUCGCGGUGUAAAAACAGUUUGUUCAUUCUGUCUCGGCAACCUCACGCCAGCAAACUGAGGUCUUGCCUCUGUGACGGAACAGAAGACUACGACUGUCCCACGCUGAAGGUCAACACGGAGAAUAUGUGUUUCACUCCUAGGGCGCGUCGUCGCCAUCGCAAAAGUGACAUUGCCAGAAAAGGUGGGGCGAAAGUGCCGCAAGAAGGGCGCCCGAAUGUGUCAUCAAAAGAUAAGCGCCGUGCUGGGCAUGUAAAAAGAAGAACUCGUCGAAGAAAGAGACGAAACCGGCCGCACAGACCACAGGGCCGACGCCAGCGCGCCAGGAGGAGGGAACCGCGGAAGAGAAAGGGGAGAAAACGGAGGAAGCAGAGAGAUCUUCUCCGGAAGUCACGUGACAAAAAAUCCUAACGUGGUGGAGUUGUUUUUUCGGCAUCUUGAGAUGAUGUUAGACAUGACUUAUUUCAGUGAACUACGCUGAAAACGAACUCCUGGUUGAUGUUUUGGGUAAUAUCAUGUGUCGGGAUGGCCUUUAUGUAUCCUCUCACCUAGACAAAGGCCGGACACUGAUCUGACUGCAUCGGUUUAUGUUCCGUGUCCUUUACAUCGCCAUGGGUGUAGUCCCGUUUUAAAGAGUAGACAAGGGUUAGAGGUAAAAUAAGAAGAAGCAGGCACAAGAGGGUGUCAUUUUGAAGGGACUUGUACGGAAUUAAAUUAGAAAAAGGACACUUGGGGGGAAUAUUAUAAUAUUCUUCAAUCAAAUAUGUUUGAAAACGGUUGUAUUUGUGGGCAAAAAUUGG